AUGCCAAUGAUGCCGAUGCCGAUGCCACCGAUGCCAAUGCCGAUGCCGUUCGGGUAUGGGCCGAUGAUGAUGCCUGGACCACCGCCGCCACCUCCGCCCAUGCCUGUGGCUGUGCCGGUUCCCGUCGGUAUACCGAUACCAUAUCCCGAGACUACUACUGAAGCCUCGACUACUACCACCACUACCACCAGUAAAAGUGAGCCGGACGGCGUUGGACUACCCAUCGCUAUACCGGUGCCAGUGCCACAUUUUGUGCAGUUUGCAAUUCCAGGAUUUAUGCCACCAAAUUGUCCGCCAAAAGACAAAAAUAACGGCAACAAGAAGUGUCCGCCUUGUCCACCAUGCUCGUGUAAUCCAUGUACGCCGUCAUUCUUCUCCUACUGUUCGCCUUGCCACCUCCAGUGUAGAUGUAAGAACGGCCAAGAAAACCCAAGACCUCAACCGCCAAUAGCUCCUCAUCCUCUGCCGGGUCCCGCGUUCCCGAUGCCCAUACCCAUGCCUGCUCCGCCACCAGUAGUCAUUGUCCCAUUCCCGCCCCAGUUUAACACUCCACGUCAAGAUUCUUCCGAGUGUUCUCAAACCGUCAGUACGUCUGUCUCGAGCGAAGACUCUGACUCUUGCGAUGACGAUCAGAGUCGUCGCAGAAAGAGACGCAAAAAAGGUAAGGACAAGAAUCGAAAGAAGUCCAAAUAUGAUAUUUAUAGACGAAGUUUUGGUGGUAUCCAAAAUAAUGAAAGACUUGUCAAACCCGUGCUGACGUAUAUGUCGAGAGACGGAGAAAUCAAGAUGAAACGGCGACUGAGUAACGAUGAAGCGACUGCACUGCUCGAUGACGAUUCAUAUCAAAAUGUGCAGCUGAUAGCUGGCGAGGACUCGGAUAACAAGCCGAGAGUAGUGGUGAGGUCCCAGUCCCAGCCCUACAUGAGGAGUAACCACCGACGGCGGAAGCUGAUGCUGCAGGACGGCAGCAUGCAGCACUCGCUGGGGGACGGCAAGAAGGAGCUGGUGUUCAGACCACCGGAGAACAAGAAGAUAAGCAACCUGUCUGUGUCAUUCCAAAUAACCAAAUAG